AUCCAGCAUCCUCCCCGAUAUCCCGUCUCUCAAUGACCUCUCUUCCCCUUUCCCAUCAUCUCUGGUAUAUAUCCGUCCAUUCCUUUUGCAUGAGGGCCUAAUCCGCGUCCUCCUCUGGCUUCGCGCAGCCCCUCGCGCUGGUGGUCCAUUUUGGCCCUGAAACACGAUGCAGAUCGAUCCCGCAGCUCUGACUGGGACAAAUUCAUCGUCUACCAUCCCGGCGACCAAGCAACCUGUUGUCCCCCCUCCGGUAACCACCCAGAAACCAUCCAAAGCUCUCAUUUCUGUUCCGCGACUUGACCUUGAGCCGAUAUACACGGAGUUAAAGGCGGCCAUCGGCAUCCAAUGGACGGAGUACAAGGAGGCCAUCGCUCUCCUUCUUCUAGGCCAUUUAAACCAGAAUGAAUUCUCAUCGCGAGUCGAUCAUUUCCUCUCUUCCGACCCCAAAAUCGAACAUCUGCAUAACAAUUUCGUAUGCGCAAUCAUCGGAAACCUUACGAGAGACCUUCCAGACCAUGGCGUUGCAAGCUGGGUUUCGGCGAACGAUAAACCGACAGUAGUAUCGAAACCUGUAUCAGGCGAUGCUGCGGAACAGAGACUUAAAACGGAGAUUAAACAAUUACCGCCAAAGGAUAGACGGCGGUUAAAAGCGCUUCCUGAGCCGGACCCGCAUUCUCUACCCAAUCCACUGGAAGAGUAUCAUCAAGCCAAACAGAUCCGUCUCCCAGAUCAAGUGCCCGCCAGUGCUGGAGGCCUGAACAAGACAAAUUGGGAACUCGAAAUUCGGAAACGUUACGCGCAACCCCUCGCUUCUGAAAUCGGAGAAUUUCCAGAUGCAGAUUCGAUAUAUGCGCGCAUGGUCCCGAUAUGCUACGAGGAAUCGGUGGUUAAUGCGGCUUCAUUUCCAUGCGCGGUGUUUAUGUCCAUCGCAACCGAAAAUUUCGUUAAGGAGUUCCUGUCCAUCGUGUUCGCAAGAACAAGACUAAAUGGGCCAUCAGGGACCAUCAAUGGUACCAUGACGCGGAAAUACCGGCGGCAACUUGAACGGGAAGAAAUGGCAUUCACCCGUGGAGAGCUAGUGAAGAAUACCACCAGCGGCUUCUUACCUGUUGAAGCUAAGGAAGCGAGCACAAGACAGGCGCUGGGUGUCCCGGACUUGAGAUUGGCUCUGGAACUUGGCGGCGGUCUGCUGGGACAUAUGCCCCUGGUUGUCGAUGAGAUAUUAGGCGGAUAUGUUGAGGAAGAGCUUGAAGCUGAACGACAAGACUACCUGGAGAGUAUAAAUGAUACUAACAAUCUAAAUGGCAUCGAUGGGUACUCUGACGAUAUGGAUAUCGAUGAAUCUGGUUGGGAGUGGGAUGGCGCAACUUCCAAGGAUCGAGCACAACUAGGAAGCCUUCUCGAUGAUUGCCUUUCGAUGGCUGCGUGAGACAUGUAUUUGCUGCUCUCAUCAGUUCUACUUUCGCUUCAUGUUCCAUUAAUUCUUCUGAUCCGGGGAGGUAGGUUAUGCAUUUACCAUUGGAGUGGGUGAGUCGGUGAGUAGGCGUUAGGGACUGGUUUCGUAUUUUGUUCUCCGCCACCUUUGAAUGGUUUUGCUUAUUUAUUCCCUUUGGCCGUUUGCUUUUUUGCGCCCUGCGCCUUUGUUUUUGCUUCUCAUAUCUUUUCUCUGCUUGCUUUUUGUAUACAUGACUGCCGACCGUGAUGGGUUGGGCUCAUUACUCGUUACAUUGGGAUACUUUUACGUGGUUUUCACGCUUUGGAGGGUCUGGUGCAUUGUUGAUCCACGGCUUCUAUUUUGCUUCUGUUCUUCAUUCUGGUUUUCCUUCUUGUACCUAUAUACUUAUACUUCCGAAGGGUGAGCCUUGUGUGAACUAUAUUGCUCACAGGAUCAUCAUUACAGGGCAUCAUGCUCCACUGUUCUAGGUAAUUUUCUAUAUAAUACCCAGGAGGAGUGGUUUCGUUGCUAAUAUGGUUUGAGCUGGAAAGCGAAGGCUGAGCCCUCUCGUUCUGUUGUUCCUUGAAUAUCCGCAGAGAUUGCUUGUCUUUUCGUACCAGCCAUUGCGCGCAGUCAUUGAGCGCGAUUCGGGAUUCGGGAUAUUAUUGUUAUAUACUCCAUUGUCCAAGUUCAUAUAUAUUGU